GAUAGGAAAGGACUUCAUUCCAUUUUCGCGAUUGCAUUCAACAAGGUGUACCCCAUCACUUUUCCCGACAGGAAAUUUUUCAAGUUUGGUUUCCUUCCAAUUGGUGUUUUGUGUACAAGAGAGUGUUAUAGCUAUACCUGCACGACCCAAGCCCAAACAGACCGCCAUCAAGGACGCGCCUAUACUCCAAGGUGCAGUAGGUUUGGUACAGUGGCAGGAAGACAGGAAGCUGCUAGUUGUAUACCCUACUCUGUUGGUGUUGCUGCUAUUUUUUUGUGUGGUUUUAUCAUCAUCCUUUUGUGAGUUCUAUUUUUAAACCCGAGGAUUUUCCUCCAUCAGCGUCGUCGUCAUUAAUACUGCCAGGUCUGGAGAGACGAUGGCUUCGUGAGUAGUGCAACCAGGCAGAAGUAGUUGACUUGUGUUCUUUUUCUACCAUUUAGCAAGCUCGUUUGGGUCAGAAGAGAUUUCGCUGGAUAGUGUGUAUGCAAAACAGAGUACAGUAGUUUGUGGAAAACCCGAAGUUACAAAGGCAAUAAAAGUUGCUUUAUUUAGUUCUAUUUCCUGAAUCGCAAACCGUUUCAUGUGAAAGAAUGGCUGUAACAAGUGCUAAUCGAUUUUCUCAAUGAAUCAUCAUUAAUCAUCGGUGGUGGCUGGCGCUAUUGUGGAUAGUUAAAAAGUCAGUGGCAUCAGCCAUCCGUCGCCAUCACAAUCAUCGAUCUGCACAGGAAUGGCGCGAUAAGAGAAUGCGAAAACUGUGUGUAGAAGCUCAAAAGCAUCUCGGGGGCACUAGCUAUGAUGCGUCUCCAUAUAAGAUCAUUUGCAUGAACUUUUCCAGUUUGUGAUUGGCUAAGUGACACACCGUAAAUCGAAACAUAAAAUGCGUGUUAUCGAUACCCAAAACAUUGGGUAUCAGUUUUCCAGCUGCAGAUUGUUUAAAUUGACGACAGUGACCAGUGUGACGUGAAGAGAUAUUCAAUAUGGUCAGCCACGGUCAGCAGAAAGCAUUCCAAUCAGGGCACCAACAAAAGCAACACCAUAACCAUCAUCAUCAGCAGCAGCAGCAUCAGAAGAAAUUUAAAAUGAAUCUCAUGUCCAUCAAACUCAGCCGGAGACGGUUCUAUCUCUGCCUAAAGGUGAUGCUGCUGUUCGUGGUGUUCGGGCUGUACUUUGUGCUGCUGCUGAGGGAAUCGAUGACGGCGUUCUCCUCAAAUCGGAUUAAGGGCGGCGUUAAAAAUGAAGCGCACAAACCCCUCGUGGAAGGUCGCCUAACUCGCCCGGGAAAAGGUGCGCUUAAUCACAAACACCACAACCACCAGCACAACCGAGUGGCCACGGGUCCGUAUGAAACUGCCAAGGAGCGCGCUGCCCUCGAUACCGAUCAGAAGCAGCCUGCAGCCACCGCAGCAAACCACUCCACUCUCAAUCCAGUGUACGAAUACUCGGAAGAACUGAACGCUGCCGCUGAAGCAGAUUUCAACGAGCGGCGUUCGGUGCUGUGGAAUAUUUGUGCGGAUCAUCGAAUCAUAGGGAAAUAUCCACCGAACGCGUGGGAGUUUUUCAUUUCACCCGGCCAUGGACUGGCUUGGUGCAACAUUUUCAAAGCCGCGAGCAGCACAUGGAUGUACUAUUUUAACUUAUUGGGUGGAUACGACAUUCGGUUUCUUCAGCGGACUCGGUCUUCGCCAAUCGACCUGGCGCGGAAACGUUUCCCGCGACCUUCUACUGCGGAGCUGAACGACUAUCUGUCGAACACGAUUUCGUUUCUCAUAGUUCGGGAACCGUUCGAGCGGUUGGUGUCGGCCUAUCGCAACAAGCUAGAGGGUUGCCGUAACAAGUACUACAAGUUGCUGGGGGAACAGAUCGUGAAACGAUUCCGCAAGAAGCUCAAAGAAAGCAGUAAACCGGUUUCGCACAAAUAUCCCAAGGGGCCAACAUUUCGAGAAUUUUUGGAGUUUUUGGUUGCACAUUACAAAAGCGGUGGCAGAUUCGAUGAACACUGGAGUCCUGUAUAUUCAUUCUGCACACCGUGUAGCAUCAAUUUUACUUUGAUAGCAAAAGUGGAGACGUUUCAGCGAGACAGUGAGUACAUCAUCCGUCAGGCAGGGUUGGAAUCGUUGCUUUUAAAUAAAUUACCCAGAAGUCGGCUACGAUCGAUAACCAACCGAGCGGUAAGCAAUACAAAAAAUCUAACUCCGAGAUAUUUCUCUCAGAUCGAUGAACGUCUGUUGACGGAGGUGCUGGAAAUAUAUCAGCUCGAUUUCGAGCUGUUCGGUUAUAACAGUACGAAGUAUUACAGCUAUGUGCUAGAUGCAAUUGACGAUGGAUAACCACGAUAAAUAAUAGACGUCAUCCGGAAGAAAUAGGUAUCCACAUGGCCCAUGAAAUUUAAAACCCGGCAAAUGGUAAGAAAAUUAAGCAUUCCAGAGAAAGAAACAAAGAUGCAUACGAUCGAGUAUGGGAAAAAAGACUUCAAGGAUAGGAUAGCAAUGUAAACUGUAAUAGGAAGUAAACUAGAUAAUGAAAAACACAAAUAUUAAAAAACCCUAUUCGAUGUUCGUUCAUUGUCAAGUGUUGUUAGAAUAGCAUAUACAUAAAUUUAUAUAUUUUUGAUAAACGGAAAAAUCAGAACAAACGAGAAAGUUAACGGUUAUUUUCGUAGGUUAGUUUCUUAUUAUAUGUUGUUGAAAAAGAAACAAAACAAAAUGCACAUAGUCGGCAUAAUCUCGAAGCACUCCGUAUAACAAACAUAAAAGGACUAAACCCACCUAGUUCCCAAUGAGUGACAAAAUAUUUGCAAAAUAUAAAAACUCACCCAGCAACAACAGAAGUUAGAAACGCAAUUAACAACCCACUAAUUUGAUGUGAUAAGAUGCUUCGUGUACCCAUGCCUCACAAUUGUCUGUCAGAGGAGGGCGACAAGACACUAUGAAGUGAAAGGAAAGCCAGGUGUUUCGUUUACGAGCUGGUAAUUAGUAUGAUCCCCUGUGGAAUAAUAAUAUGCAAAAGCGAAACUAUGUACGAAUGAAGAUGUGCAUUUGCACAUCACAUCAUUGUGCUCGCAAAAGUAAUAGGAUUCACUAAUGUCGUAAACCAUCCUUGCUUCUGGAACAACUAAACCCGUAGAGAGGAACUACGCGCACCUAUUUUCAGUUGCUUUGUCACGUGUCAAUGCAACGUUCUUGUGAUAGCUUUCUACAUUACACUCGAUACAGAAUUCGACCUGAUGUGGAUAAAGUGCCAAAAAUAAAUUAUAUAUGUUUGCUGUCUUCAUCAAUCGUUCGGUUAGGAUUUCUCGUACGAUGCGAACUUGUGUAUAUUCAUAUUCGAACUGAUUAGAUCCGAUUAACAGCACUCCAGAUUUCUGAGAUGGAACGGAUACUCUAAAUUAAUUCUAUGAAAUGUCGUGUCGAUGGCCCAGCACCAGAAAGUAAUUCGAAAUUCACCAAUAAAUUUAUUAUAGUAACCAUGUAUUAAAAGGGAAUACAACCUGCUCGAGUUAGUUAUACAAAAACACGGAUAUUAGUCUCACCAUAUUCUAUGUGAAUGUUUAAAUUGACGAAAGCAAAACAAAACUGUUUCGAAAUGCAUCUAUUUUUAUAUUGAUAUUUGAAUAAUUGAUACAAAAACAACAAAAUCUAGAACGAUCGAGAAAUCAAUUCUAAAUUUUCGACCCAACGUAUUUCAAAAAAAUCCUUUUGUUGAACACAGGAGACUUUUACACAAAUAUAUAGAAACACUUUUUUGUUCAAAGAUACACACUAACACCCCGUAAACAUACCCACAACACAGAGCUGAGUAGAUGAGAAAGUGAUUAUACAACAGAGAGGCAAAGAAUAAAAUUGUAUCUUUAAAUGUCGUUGUCAACAAUGUACCUUGUAUUUACAAACUAAAUGAAAUUAGAGCAAACAAAUUGCAGAACGAUUAUUUCACUACCCAACAUUAGUUUCACAUAGGUUCACAAUCUUUGACACCGUCUCUGGUGACCAUAAAACAACAACAUAUAUACAUAUGUUUAAGCGACAAAUAUAUAAACACAACAAAAUAGAAAACCGAAAAACAGUUCAGAUACCUAAUCACCAACAUAGCAUAUACCAACGAAUAAACAAGAUGGAAACGGAAAUGACGCGAGGAAAAUAUAGUUAGGCAAUAAAGCCGGACAGUCAACGCAAAAAAAAGCAGGCCCAGGUUCAAAAAAGGUGUAAGUGACACUUUGGUCGAAUUUAAGUUGGAUACUAGCAGAAAAAUCUAUAAGUUCUGAUCUGGAGCUUUUUGAGAAUACAUUCAUAUACUUUUUAUUUCUUUUAAAGUAAAAAUAUGAUUUCUUUCGACAUUCAAUAUGGGAUAAUGAAACAUUAAAAGGCUUCUUUUCUCGAAACUAAGUUUUUGUCACUAACACUCGUUAACCGAAACAUGAGGAAAUUAGAAAACAAGAAACAGACUGAUUCAAUAACACGUGUAGUGAAAAUAAAUGACAUACGUGGUCAAACAUCUUGCAGUAGUUAUGUUGAAGUGAA